AUGUCAGAUAAGGUUGACUGGUUACAAAGCCAAAAUGGAGUAUGCAAAGUUGAUGUUUAUUCUCCUGAAGAUGGUCAACGUCAGGAUUGGAAAAAGGAAAUCCCAACUGAUCCCAUCCGAGUGCUCAGCUGGCUCCGCAGAGACCUGGAACAAAGUACAGUAGAGUUCCAAGAUGCUAAGUUUAAGCCUGGAGAAUCAUCACUUGGUGGAGAAAUGACCAACUUAGCAAACCCUUGCAAGGGUUUCUCUGUGGACUAUUACAACACCACCAACAGGGGCUCUCCAGGAAGAAUACAUUUUGAGGUAGCCCAUAAAGAGAAUCUUCCUUCGGGCCCCGCUUGUAAUGAGAGUUCAAUAGACGAAGUUUCCUUCUAUGCUAACCGCCUCACAAAUCUAGUCAUAGCCAUGGCCCGAAAGGAGAUCAAUGAGAAGAUUGAUGGCUCUGAAAACAAAUGUGUCCAUCAGUCCCUAUACAUGGGUGAAGAACCCACACCCAACAGAAGCCUGAGCAAGAUGGCAUCAGAUCUGGUAAAUGAAACUGUCACUGUGUGUUCCAAAAAUGUUAUUCCAGACAAGACUCCUGGCUCUGGAGACAGAGCUUCAGAAUUACCCAGGAUUUCUCCAACUGUGAAAUACCAGAGCAUUUUGAAGUUCAAGGAAAGAACCAAGGAAGGCAAGAAUCCAGAGGACAAGCCUGCUUCUAAGAAGUCUUUCUUUUAUAAGGAAGUAUUUGAAUCUCGUAAUGCAGGUGAUGCCAAGGAGGGUGGAAGGUCUUUACCUAGGGAGAGGAAGAUAUUCAGAGGUCUAGAAAGACCUGAUGAUUUCACAGCUUCCGUUAGCCAAGGCAUCAUGACCUAUGCUAACAGUGUGGUGUCUGAUAUGAUGGCUUCUAUCAUGAAGACGCUGAGGAUCCAAGUAAAAGAUACAACCAUUGCCACCAUUCUUCUGAAGAAAGUCCUUAUCAAACAUGCAAAAGAUGUGGUCUCAGAUCUCAUUGACUCCUUCAUGAGGAACCUCCACAAUGUUACAGGGACUCUUAUGACUGAUACAGACUUUGUCUCGGCUGUCAAAAGGAGUGUCUUCUGUCAUGGAAGCCAGAAGGCCACAGAUAUCAUGGAUGCCAUGAUGAACAAGCUAUACAGUGUGAUGUUUCCCAAGAAUGUCCCCGAGAAUUUCAGGAAAGUCAAGGACAAGGCUGGGAAUUAUUCCCUUGUCUCCAUGAAGGGAAUGGGUGACCCAAGACACCGGAAUGUAAACUAUGCAACGAUGAAAUCCGAAGCUAAAUUCAGGGAACAAGUGUGCCCCACUGAACCCAAGCCAGAGAAGUCUUGUGCUGAAACUCUGGGUGAACACAUUAUCAAAGAGGGACUAAGCCUGUGGCAUAAAACUCAGCACAAAGAAUGUAAAUCUCCAGGUUUCCAGCGUGCGGCAUUUGCAGCUCCUAACAAACAAUAUAAGCCUGCACCAGACAUUCCUAUGGAAUACACGCAGGAGCCUUGCAACAGUCCUUGCCCACAGAAGCUUGAGAACUUUAUGUAUGAUUCAGACUCCUGGGCCAAAGACCUGAUUGUAUCUGCCCUACUUUUGAUACAAUACCACUUAGCUCAGGGAGGAAGAAUGGAUGCACAGAGCUUCCUAGAAGCCGCUGGCAGCUCCAACCUGCCUGCUACGAAGCCCCCUGUAACUCCUGAUGAGUCCAGCUUUAAGUUUGCUCAUCUUAUAGGAGGUGACCAAGAAGAAGCAGAAAAGAAAGAUUUAAUGAGCAUUUUCUUCAAUUUUAUCCGGAAUUUACUCGGUGAGACCAUUUUCAAGAAUGAUCGGAGCUGUGAAUCCAAGACGCCAGAAUAUCUAGCCAAGGAAGACAGUCAUCCUGGUGAAAGACCUGCGACCGCAUCUUCCACCAAAGCAUGUGAGGUUGAAGAGACCGGAGGUGUCUUAGCUGGACUCACCAAGAUGGUUGCCAACCAACUGGAGGGCCAUAUGAAUGGGCAGAUGAUAGAACAUUUGAUGGACUCAGUGAUGAAGCUGUGUCUUAUUAUUGCAAAGUCCUGUGACUCUCCCUUGGCAGAACUGGGAGAUGAUAAGUGUGGGGAUGCCAGCAGACAAACAUCAGCUUUCCCAGACAGUUUAUAUGAGUGUCGACCAGGCAAGGGCACAGGCACGGCAGAGAUUCUCCUGCAGAAUGCCUAUCAAGCCAUCCAGAAUGAACUGAGGGGCAUCUCACAACACUGCCCUGAAGGAUGUGCAGCCCCAAAGGUGAUUGUUAACAAUCACAAUCUAACGGAUACAGUUCAGAACAAACAACUCCAAGCAGUCCUUCAAUGGGUAGCAGCAUCUGAGCUCAACGUUCCUAUAUUGUACUUUGCUGGUGAUGACGAAGGCAUCCAAGAGAAGCUGCUUCAGCUCUCGGCUACCGCUGUAGACAAAGGGCGCAGCGUCGGUGAGGUCCUGCAGUCGGUACUGCGCUAUGAGAAGGAGCGACAGCUGGACGAGGCGGUGGGGAACGUGACUCGGCUGCAGCUGCUGGACUGGCUGAUGGUGAAUCUGUAA